AUGUCGUACGACGAGCGCGCCAACGCGCGCCCUAACCUGGGCGACGAGUCCGACGUCGAGGAAGAGGCCCUGGUCAAUGAUUACCGGGAGCAGGUGCACUUUGAUGAUGGAAUGAGCGAUCUGGAGCGGACCACGUCCCUGGGAGCUGCAUCUCAUACUCAGGAUCUUCAGGCGCAACUGGCGGCCGCGGCGACCCCACUCGAAUUCCAAGCCACGCUCGAGACCAAGUUUGCCAGUUACGACAAUUACUGCAGUCUCUUCCACUACAUCCUGAACUCGGACGGCCCGGUCGAGUUGGAGGUUCCUUCUUACUAUUGGGCGUGGGAUGUUAUCGAUGAGUUUAUCUACCAGUUCGAAUCCUUCUGUCGCUACCGUCACCGCGUUGCUAGGAGCGGAUCCAACGAGGAGGAGGCCCAGCUGCUUCGCGAGAACCCGAACACGUGGGGUUGCUAUUCGGUAUUGAACGUUCUUUACUCUCUGAUCCAGAGAUCGCAGAUCAAUGAGCAGCUUGCUGCCAUCAAGCGCGGCGAAGAUCCUUCGGCGGUUGCUGGAGAAUAUGGGUCCCGCCCAUUGUACAAGAUGCUGGGCUACUUCUCGAUCAUUGGGCUGUUGCGGGUCCAUUGCUUGCUGGGCGACUUCAGCCUUGCCCUCAAGACCCUGGAUGACAUCGAGAUGAACAAGAAAGCCAUGUUUGCUCGCGUCAUGGCUGCCCACUUCACGACAUACUACUAUGUCGGUUUCUCGUACAUGAUGCUGCGUCGCUAUGCCGACGCCAUCCGUAUGUUCAGCCACAUUCUGGUGUACGUGUCGCGGACGAAGAACUUCCAGAAGGGCAGCAACAACUACGAUGCGAUUGCCAAGAAGAAUGACCAGAUGCUUGCUUUGAUUGCCAUCUGUGUCGCCUUCCACCCGACCCGCCUGGACGACACGAUCCACACGGCCCUACGCGAGAAGUACGGUGAGCAGUUCAACCGUCUCCAGCGCGGUGGCCCCGAGGCUCUUCCUCUGUUCGAGGAGCUUUUCCGCUCCGCAUGCCCCAAGUUCAUCAACCCAACGCCUCCGGACUUUGACAACCCACACCUCAACAUCGACCCGGUUGACCACCACACUGCGAUCUUCAUGGACGAAGUGCGCAACACUCUUUUCAACCCGACGGUGAAGUCUUACUUGAAGCUCUACACCACGAUGGACUUGAAGAAACUGGCUGGUUUCCUGGAGGUCGACCCGGAGAAGCUUCGCUCAUGGCUGCUGGUGAACAAGCAGCGGAGUCGUCAAGUCCGCUGGGCCGAGGGCGGUUUGCUAGAAGGCGAACCCAUCAACGCCAGCGACCUGGACUACGCCAUUGAAGGUGACCUGAUCCACAUCAGCGAAGCCAAAGCUGGUCGGAGACUCGUGGACUGGUACCUGCGGAACCUCGCUCGGACUUACUGA